AUGGCUGUCGUGGCUGAACUCGUUCAAUGCCGCAGCACCGGAGAAUGGGCUGGCACCAACAUGAGCGAUAGAAGAGCGGGGUCGAGUGGGUAA